UUUAUGGUCAAUUCAGCUUCUAAUUUCGUAAAGGAAAUAUAUGAUCUAGGUGCAAGGAGGAUUGGAGUAUUCAAUGUACCACCAAUUGGUUGUUUACCAUUUCAGAGAACAGCAACUGGAGGAAUAGAAAGAAAAAUUGUAGUAGAAUACAAUGAAGCGGUAGAAUUAUACAACUACAAAUUGUCAAAGGGGUUUGAUACAAGGCGUACAACUGAAGCUAGCUCAGGGCUAUGUUCCAAGAGUUCUUAGGUUCAAACUUCACAAGCCGUGAAGCUGAAGUUUAAGCUUUCAAUAAAGUAAGAGGCUGCCUGGAUCUCAUUUGACUUUUCAUUGAAUAGCUCCUUGCAGCAUUCACUUCCAGCUUCAAUGAGCAAAUGCUUGGGUACUUGACUUCACUUUUCAAUGUCUAAUUACAAAUUGUUUCUCUGAUACAUAUCUCCUGCCAUGGUAACGUAUUUAUCUCGUCAUGGUAACAUAUUUAUCUCGUCAUGCUUGUGUCGUUGCCGUGUUAUGCUUGUGCCGCUGCGUUUUGUUUAUCUUAUGCCAUUGUUGUGUUGUUUCUUGAAAAAUAAUUAGUUAGUGUGAGAAAUAUCUUUUGUGAUACAACUUUAAAAUUUGACAUGCUAGUAUCUUGGAACGUGUGAACAAUGCGUUUUAAUCUUCUAACAAAUCAUCUUAUUUG